AUGAGGGCUUUGAUGAGUGACUCCAACUAUUAUAUCGGCAACCCUUUCGCCAUAUCCUCGAUGAUGUCCAUCAGUGCGUUCGUCAUACUAUUCAUCGGUAUUACCGUUCAAUACCAGGAGAAAAACUUCACGUUUUCAAUCAUACCGUUCCUCUACAACUUUAAACACAAACGAUUGGCUCUACCAUUGUCUCCAAUGCAUCGCAAAAGGCUUGUAUUGCAUUCAAACCUAUUGUCCAAAUACUUUAUGACACAAGCGUUUUGGCCAUUAAUUGUGAUCACAAAUGGUUUCCUAUUGUGGGCCACAGUUAUGGCUUAUUUGGAGCCCAACUCCGGGUUCACUAUAAUGUCAGUUCUAUUCUGGAGUAUAUGUAACAUAUUCUGGACCUUUCAGUUCUACGUCGGCGCCCGACGGGAAUGUAUCGUAAGAAAAGUUAAGGACGCGGACACAGUCUGUGUCUGUAACUCAACAUAUUGUGAUGACUUCCCGGCCCUCAAGCGCCCAAAGACUGGUUUCCUUACGGUUUAUGAGAGCAAUAAAGCCGGAGAAAGGUUUAAGGAAACGGAACUCCAGUUCGGCUCAACCAUCGACUCAACGGCCGACCAAACGGUUGUCGUAACUAUAGAUAAGACACAGAAAUAUCAGACAAUCUUUGGAUUUGGCGGCGCUUUCACUGACACAACGGGACAGAUGCUGAAGACAGUCAACCAAUCGUUGGCGGAUCUGCUGAUUGAUAGCUACUUCUCGGACAAUGGCAUCGAGUACUCAAUGGCCAGAAUACCGAUGGCCGGCACAGACUUCUCGUACAGACCCUACUCUUACGAUGACGUGGACGGGGAUCUGGAGCUCAAACACUUUGCUCUUCAGAUGGAGGACUUGGAGUGGAAAAUCCCAUACAUUCAAAGAGCGCUGAAAGUAAGUCCGCAUAAAAUAAAAUUCUUCGGCAGCCCCUGGAGUCCCCCCUCUUGGAUGAAGACUAACAACAUGUUCAAUCAUGGGGGGGAAUUGAGGGGAACUGUCGGCGGCGAGUACUACCAGUCGUGGGCCAACUAUUUCGUGAAAUUUCUAGACGCAUACAAAUCGCAUGACAUAAACCUAUGGGGGCUUACAGUCGAGAAUGAGCCAACACAAGGGGGCCCAGGCAAGGGCUUCAACUGCCUGAACCUAACCGGCCCUAUGGAACGGGAUUUCGUGAAACUCAAUUUGGGUCCGACCCUCGCGAAGGCCGGGUAUGGCAAAGACAAACUCAAUCUAAUGGUAUUCGACGACAAUCUCAGCGUUUUCGAGAAGUACUUACCGACGGUACUGGAGGACAGGGAGGCAGCGAAAUACGUGUCGGGCAUCGCAUAUCACCAUUACGGUGGAUAUCCGGACGGAUUCCCAACGGAAAUACAGGAGAACUACACCGAUAUGUUUCUAUUAAACACUGAGGCCUGUCAUCUCGAGGGACCCGAUUUAGGGGUGUGGAGUGCCGGUGAAAACUAUGCCUCCGAUAUCAUUAGGGCUCUGAAUGAGUACGUGAGGGGUUGGCUGGAGUGGAAUAUGGCGCUGGACAUGAGUGGUGGACCAAGGUGGAACGAACAGAAGGGAUACGGGGGUGCCAUCAACAUAGACCCGACUAAGGGGGAGGCCUACAAACAACCCUCGUUUUACGCGAUCGGACACUUCAGCAAAUUUAUUCCCCCGGAAUCGGUACGAAUCGGACACACAGUCGACAAAUCUGUGUCGAGUUUUACGGUCCUCACAGUCCAGAGACCCGACAAUCAGACGGUUUUGGUGGCACUCAAUACACGCGCCGACGAUAUUGUGCUCACUAUCCAAGACUCCAGUCGUAAGGUCUCCCAUAAAAUCCCCGCUCAUUCUCUUCAGUCGUAUAUUUGGUGA